AUGGCAUUUCCGAAUCCUUUCUCGCAUCCGGAGUUGUUCGAUACUGCAUUAUUACUCGAUAAACUGGAUAAGCCUGAUCUGAACUCAAAAGAUCGAAAAUCACCUAAUAAAUCUGAUCAAGGGCCCGGCACUUUAGAGAAAAAGGAUCAAGAGAGGAAAGAUGACAAAAAGGAUGACAAGCUUGAUAAGGAUGAUGAAAGUAUCAAGAACGACGAGAAGGAUAUUGAAGAAAAGUCUGUUGAUAUCAAAGAAAGCAUAAACCCAAAUUCACCUGUAUCUUCUGUAGGUGGCGGAAUCUCAAAUCUCAGCAACAGCAACAACAAUGAUGGUAAUAAUGGUGAUGAUGGCUCAAAAGGCGACAAACCUUUGGUAAAUACAAAAACGGGUUUGUAUACUCCAUUUUUAGCCAUACCGAUGAAAGAUCGCCCGUGUUUGCCUGGAAGAUACUGCACAAUCACAGUUACUGACCCUGAAGUGAUAAAGUGUUUGCAAGAAGUUGUGGAGACCAAGGAGCCCUACUUUGUUCUUUUCCACGUGCGUGAUCCAAAUGAUCCAGAUGCACAUAUUGACAUUAUCAAGGACAAGGAAUUCGUUCAUGAGAUUGGUACUUUGUGCCAAAUUGCUAAAGUGACACCUUUGGAUUCUACCCAUGUUCAUAUACUAGCAUACCCGCAUAGAAGAGUGAAAUUGGUUGAUUUGAGUACGCCGAAAGUCAAAAGUGAAAAUAUCGAACAACAACAUGACAACUUCCCAACAGCUUACCUCAAGAAAUAUGGAAUAUCGUAUGCUGCGGUCCAGCCAGUUGAAGAUGUGCCAUUUGAGAAAAAUGAUGUUGAGAUACAAGCUUUGGUUGAAAGCAUUAAAAGCUUGUGUGCCGGGUUCUCGCCGAACCCGUUGGCAGCAGAAAGUGGUAGAAAAGUGCUCAACAACCCAUCGAUGCUUGCAGAUUAUGUCGGGGGGUCUGUUUGCGGUGAUGCUAAGCAGAUUCAGGAAAUCAUGGAUAGUUUGGACGUUCAAAAGAGAUUGGAAAAGACAUUGGAGUUGCUUAAAGUUGAAGUUGAUGCUGACGAAAUCAAGCGUAAAGCCCACAUAAAUAUGAGGGAAAGAACAGAGAAGCAGUACGCGCAAAUGUUGAUCAAGGAGUACACCAAGGAAUUACUCAAAGCCGCCGGUAUUGGUGAAAACUCCAAAGCAGCGAAGUUUGAUGAACGUAUUAAACAUUUGAAAAUGCCAGAAGAGGCUUUGGAAGCGUACAAAACAGAGAGAGCAAGAUUGGGAACUCAAAGUGAUAUGGAGCUGAAUGUGAUUGAGAGGUACCUCGAUUGGCUUACUUCUAUUCCAUUUGGUAUCUACUCCAAAGACUCUUUCAAUGUGAAAAAGGCUAGAAAAAUUUUGGAUAGAGAUCAUUAUGGCUUGAAAGAUGUCAAGGACAGAAUAUUAGAGUUCAUCUCCGUCGGUAAAGUUUCGGGUAAUGUCAAUGGUAAGAUUUUGUGUUUGGCUGGUCCUCCAGGUACCGGUAAAACAUCUAUUGCAAAAUCCAUAGCUGAAUCGUUAAACAGAAAAUACACCAGAAUAGCUGUGGGUGGUGUGCAGGAUGUUCAUGAUGUCAAGGGUCAUAGAAGGACAUAUGUUGCAUCUAUCCCGGGUAGAAUAAUUUCCGCAUUAGUUCAGGCUAAAACAUCCAACCCAUUAAUGUUGAUUGAUGAAAUCGACAAGUUGGACACAACUUCACAUGGAGGUGCAGCAAGAGCAUUUUUGGAAAUAUUGGAUCCCGAACAAAACAACUCGUUUGUUGACAACUUUAUUGAAGUUAAGGUGGAUUUGUCAAAAGUGUUGUUUGUUUGUACAGCUAACUACUUGGGAAAUAUUCCUGCUCCAUUGAGAGAUAGAAUGGAGAUAAUUGAGGUGAAUGGAUACACAAAGCACGAAAAAAUUGAAAUUGCAACAAGGCAUUUGAUUCCUGAUGCUUGCAAAAAGGUUGGUUUGGAAGAGAGCCAUGUGGAGAUUCCAAGAGCAACCAUUUCAAGAUUGAUUGACAAGUAUUGCCGUGAAAGUGGUUUGAGACAUGUCAAGUCUUUAAUCAAUAGAAUUUUCAGCAAAGCUUCAAUGAAGAUUGUUGAACAGGUUGAAGAACAGCAACCUGAGGAAGAGGAAGAGGAAGAAAAGCCAGAGGAGAUUGUUGUCAGUGCAACUGAAACGGACACGAAGAAUGAUGCUGAAGUAUCAAAUGAGAAAGCUAAAGACAUCUCCGAGUCAAAGUCGGAAACACCUGUUGCCAGCACUGAUGGCAAAGAAGUGAAUGAGGCAAACAAAGCUGAAGAAGCAGGUGACGAAACUGGAGGAGCUAAAAAGAGUUUUUCCAAAGAAGAGGAAGCCGAAGUGACUGUCGCGAAAUUGGACUUACCAGAAGGUAUAAAGAUUGAGGUUACCCCUGAGAAUUUGAAGGACUUUAUUGGACCCGAGAUAUACAACAAGGAUAGAAUUUAUGAAGAAUUGAAACCCGGUGUUGCUACAGGGUUAGCCUACAAUACUUCGGGUGAUGGUGACGCGCUUUAUAUUGAGUCCAUAUUGACCGAUUCAAUUGCAUCUGACGUUGGAAAUGGGGGCUUACACGUCACUGGUUCGUUGAAGGAUGUCAUGAAGGAGUCAGCAUCCAUUGCAUACUCAUUUGCCAAGCAAUUCAUGGUCAACAAGUACCCCGAAAAUAAGUUUUUUGAAGCAGCAAACAUCCACGUUCAUUGUCCAGGAGGUGCUAUUCCUAAAGAUGGGCCUUCAGCAGGUAUUGCAUUUACCUCAUCCUUGAUCUCGUUGGCUUUGAAUAGGUCCUUGCCUAAUGAUACAGCAAUGACGGGUGAGAUAACCUUGACGGGAAGAGUGUUGGCAAUUGGUGGUUUGAGAGAAAAGACCCUAGGUGCAAAAAGAGCUGGGUAUACAAAGAUCAUUUUCCCUAAGGAUUGUGAAUAUCAAUUGGAAGAAAUUCCUGAUGAAGUUAAGGAGGGCGUCACCUACAUUCCAGUUGAGUGGUAUGGUGAAGUUUUUGAACAUUUGUUCAAUCUUAGUAAAGACGAAGGCAAUGCCGUCUGGAAAGAUGAAUUUGCAAAGAGAGAGCAAAAGAAGAAGGAAAAGAAGCAGUGA